UUGGAUCCGAUUUCCGCGCCCCGCGGACUGCAAUUGAGUUUGAGUCCGGCAUCACAUGUGCAAAAUAUUGAAUUUAACGUUUUAUUAACAUAAUAUAAAAGUAUAUAUCCUAAUAAUUUUGUGUAAAAAAUGGAGUUCUUAGAAUAUAAUGAUGUAACCGCAGAAAUAAAGGGGACUAUGGUGCCUGGGAGGUUAAAAAUGACAGAUCAAAAUAUAAUAUUCAAAAACAGCAAAACUGGCAAAGUUGAACAGAUAUCAGCUAAUGAUAUUGAACUUGUGAAUUUUCAAAAGUUCAUUGGAUCAUGGGGCUUAAGAUUGUUUUUGAAAAAUGGCACAUUACACAGAUAUGGAGGUUUUAAGGAUGGGGAACAAGAAAAGGUUGCAAAGUUUUUCAAGAGCAACUACCAUAAAGAUAUGCUGGAAAAGGAACUAUCACUCAAGGGAUGGAACUGGGGUACAGCUAAGUUUAAUGGAGCUGUACUGAGUUUUAAUGUAGGAACCAAUACUGCUUUUGAGAUACCUUUACACUAUGUGUCACAGUGCAAUACUGGCAAAAAUGAAGUGACACUAGAGUUCCAUCAGAAUGAUGAUACACCUGUCUCAUUAAUGGAAAUGAGAUUCCACAUUCCCACAAGUGAACUGGCAGGUGACAUGGAUGCCGUUGAAGCCUUCCACCAGCAAGUCAUGAAUAAAGCAAGUGUUAUCUCUGUCUCUGGGGAUGCUAUUGCUAUAUUCAGGGAGUUGCAGUGUCUUACUCCUCGUGGUCGCUACGACAUUAAGGUAUUCCAAACGUUUUUCCAACUUCACGGUAAAACAUUUGACUACAAGAUCCCAAUGUCGACAGUGCUACGACUAUUCUUAUUACCGCACAAAGACACGAGACAAAUGUUUUUCGUAGUGUCAUUGGAUCCUCCCAUAAAACAAGGUCAAACAAGAUACCACUAUUUGGUACUGUUGUUUGGUAUUGAAGAGGAAACGAGUUUGGAGCUACCUUUUACAGAGGAAGAAUUGAAGGAGAAAUAUGAGGGAAAAAUCACAAAAGAAUUAUCGGGACCAACUUACGAAGUGCUCGCUAAAAUAAUGAAAGUUAUCAUCAACCGAAGAGUCACAGGACCUGGAGACUUCUUAGGGCACCACAAGACGCCGGCCAUCGCGUGCUCGUACAAGGCCGCGGCCGGCUACCUGUACCCGCUGGAGAAGGGCUUCAUCUACGUGCACAAGCCGCCCGUGCACAUUCGCUUCGAGGAGAUCGCGUCUGUCAACUUCGCCAGAGGUGGCGCUUCCUCUACCAAAUCCUUUGACUUCGAGAUAGAACUGAAAUCUGGCAGUAUACACACAUUCAGCAGUAUUGAGAAAGGAGAAUACGACAAACUAUUCGAUUACAUUACAUCUAAGAAACUCCAUGUUAAGAACACUGGAAAGAAUGUAAGUAAAUUUACGGACAAGGCGCUGUACGACGACGACUUCGGCGACUCGGACACGGAGAAGGAGCCGGACGCGUACCUCGAGCGCGUCAAGGCGGAGGCCAAGGAGCGGGAGUCCGACGACAGCGACGACGAGAGCACCGACGAGGACUUCAACCCCGACAAGGCCAAGGAGAGCGACGUCGCGGAAGAAUAUGACACCAAUCCGUCAUCAUCCGAAGACUCUGACGCUUCGGGUGCCUCUGCUGACAGCAAGAAAGAAAAGAAGAAAGAGAAAAAACCUAAAAAGACCAUCACUAUUUCGGAAGCUCCGCGCAAGCGUAAAGAAAAGUCCAAGAAGCGUGAAAAAGAUGCAAACGCGCCGAAGCGCCCGUCGACCGCCUUCAUGCUGUGGUUGAACGAGAACCGCAAGGGUAUAUUAGAAGACAACCCCGGCAUCAAGGUCACGGAGAUCGCUAAAAAGGGUGGCGAACUAUGGCGCGAUCUUAAGGAUAAGACUGAAUGGGAAGAAAAGGCUAAUAAAGCAAAGGAAGAAUACAAUCAAGCAAUGAAGAAGUACAAGGAUAGUGGCGCGGCAGAUGAGUUCAAACAAAAAAAGAAACAAGCUGAGAAGGAACGUAAAGCUGCAGACAAAAAAACUAAAGCUCCAGCAAGUAAAAAAGUUAAAACCGUCGCUGCAAGCUCUAGUUCAGGGAAGUUUACCAGCAAGGAGUAUAUUGAAGAUGAUGACAGCUCCUCUGACUCAGAUAAGGAGAAAAAAGAUAAAAAGGAUAAAAAGGACAGCAAAGAGAGUAAGGAAUCAAAGAAGGAAAAAGAAAAAGCUAAACAUUCCUCAUCGGAAGCUGCGUCUUCGGGCUCAGACGAGACCGGUAGCGGGAGCGAUAGCGAAUAAUGUGUAACAACAAAACCCCCUAAUGCGAUAUCGUGAUAUGAUUAAGUUAAGUUUUUGUUAUGUAUGAAUAAAUAUAUAAUGAGAGAAUGUAAAUUUUAAUAAUUUAGUUAUACUUAUGUUUUUUUGGCUCUAUUUAAUGAUGACAUGUAAACCUAUUGUCAUUUUCUUUGCGAUACGUUUUUCUCAUAGGAUGCAGUUUUUUACAUGAUCUUUACAAAUUUUUAAACUUACUAUCCAAAAAUAUAAUAUUGAAAGAGUGUUAUACAUGUUUGGAGUGAAUGCUUGUACCUGUGUAUUUCUAUAACAUUAUAUGAGGUUAAUAAUGGAUGCUAUAAGUAAAAAUCAAACGAAUAAUUAUAUACAUAAUCAAAACUGAUAUAAAACCUUAAGAACCUUGAUUUAAAAACAGCAACGGUAUGUUUGAAACUGAAAUUAUCACUACACGAAAUUAAUGAUAAGUGAUAUUUAGUAUUGUAGAAUGUUAUAAAUGUAAGGAUUUUAUAGCUUUAGUAUUUUUUUAGAAUCUGAUAGCAUAGUUCCCAAAUAAAUUAUUAUAAUAAAAUAUGCCGUCAUGUAUUUUGUCAUUCUAAGAGUUAUUUACAAUUCAUAAGCAGGACUUACUUUAAUAAAUCGUGACAAGAACCAAUUAAUUAUAAUCGAAAAAUAUGAGCUCCCAGUAUUACCUUUUCCAAAUGCUGUUAGGCUCAGGUUUUAAAACAAAAAGCGCGGAAUAUUAUAGUGAAGCAGCACCGGUUAAUAAAUUUGUCUUUGAAUUAAUAAUUAAAAACUACCAUGUUUAUUAGCUCCAUUCUUAUGUCAAAACCCAAUAUCCAAUGGAAGGGACCAUUAAAGGCAAUCACAUUAUUCCGAAUGCGUUUUUUAUUCACUACUAAAAUAUAAAUAAUUUAUAUAUUAUUUGUUUAAUUUUUAACGCAAUUUCUUUAUUAUUGAUUUCUUC